UGAUCAUGGUCAUGGUUAUGAUGAUGUCUCCUUCGGUGGCAUCUGCUUCACUUUCCGAAGCGGAUGCUCUUCUGAAAUGGAAGUCCACUUUUGCCGACCGCCCUUCUUUGCUGUCUUCGUGGACCAACAGGAGCACCGGCAGUCUCUGCACCAACUGGUUCGGUGUUUCCUGCGACAUCCGAGGCAGCAGUAUCAUAAGGUUGAACCUCUCUUACACCGCCAUUGAAGGUACCCUCCAAGAUUUCCCCUUCUCUUCUCUUCCAAAUCUCGCUUUCCUUGAUUUCUACAAGAGCCGUCUCUCCGGAACCAUACCUCCUGAAUUCGGACAGCUUUCUAAACUCGUCUACCUUGAUCUGUCCGUUAACCAGUUGUCGGGAGGGAUCCCACCCGAGCUGUGUCUGUUGCGAAAUCUCGAAACCCUUUAUCUCUCCGAAAACAACUUAAACGGCUCGAUCCCUCCCGCCAUCGGUCUCUUGACUUCGCUUCAAGAGCUCGGCUUGUACAAAAACUCGUUUACAGGACCCGUACCGUCUUCCAUAGGAAACCUGACCGACUUGGUCAAGUUGUAUCUCUACAGUAAUUUUCUCAACGGUCCAAUUCCUUUUGAAACCGGUUCACUGACUUCACUUCAAAACCUAGACUUGUCUGAAAACUCUCUAUCCGGAGCCAUACCAUCGUCAAUAGGGAACCUAACCAAGUUAGUUGUGUUGCAACUUUUUACUAAUGCUCUCUCUGGACCUAUCCCUCCGGCCAUCGGUCUCCUAACUUCGCUUCAAAAGCUCAUCUUAUACGAAAACUUACUCACAGGGCAUAUACCCCCUUCAAUAGAAAACCUGACCAAUCUGGUCGAGUUGCUCCUCUAUAAUAAUUCUCUUACCGGUUCAAUCCCUUCCGAAAUAGGUUUCUUGACUUCACUCCAAGAACUCAGCCUAUCCAUGAACUCACUCACCGGACCUAUACCCGGUUCAAUAGGAAAUCUAACCGAUUUGGUCGCUUUGUCCCUCUAUAACAAUUCCUUCACUGGUCCAAUCCCUCCCGAGAUCGGGUUCUUAACUUCACUCCAAGACCUUGGCUUACACAACAACUCACUCACAGGACCUAUGCCCUCUUCAAUAGGAAACCUAAUUAAUCUGACCACAUUAGACCUCUACAACAAUUCUCUCACCGGUCCAAUCCCUCCCGAGAUAUGUUUCAUGAGUUCGUUGCAAGAGCUCGCCUUGCAUCGCAACUCACUCACAGGACAUAUACCCUCUUGUAUAGGGAAUCUAACCGAUAUGGUCUUCUUCUAUCUCCAUAGUAAUUCUCUCACGGGUCCAAUCCCUCCAGAAAUUGGUUCACUUACAAUGCUUCAAGUACUAGACUUCUCUAGCAACUCCCUUGCUAGAAAUAUACCGUCUUCAAUAGGAAACCUGACCAGUUUGGGUUAUCUGGGUCUUUCUACCAAUUCUCUUACCGGUUCUGUCCCUCAUGAGAUGGGUUUUCUAACUUCGAUCCGAACACUAGGCUUGUCCCACAACUCGCUAAGCGGAACCAUACCAUCUUCGUUCAGAAACUUUACCAAGUUAGAGCUGUUGUACCUUAGUGACAAUCGAUUCUCGGGUUCGAUCCCUCCAGAGAUCACAAAUUCUUUGGAGCUAAAUCGCUUGGACCUCAGCUACAACAACUUCACCGGUUUCUUGCCGGGAAACAUCUGUAAUGGCGUUAAGCUUACGUAUCUCUUAUUGGUUGAUACUCAUCUGAGGGGUGUUAUCCCUGAAAGCUUGAAGAAUUGCAAGAGCUUGGUUAGAGUAAGACUCGACGGAAACGAUUUCGUUGGAGAUUUAUCUGAUAGCUUCGGGGUCUAUCCCGAUCUUUAUUAUAUCGACCUCAGCCACAACAAGUUUCAUGGUGAGAUUUCAACCAAGUGGAAGGAGAGCCGAAAGCUGAAUGCUUUUAUCGUCUCUGAUAACAAAAUCACAGGUGUAAUAGCCUAUGGAGUUUGGAACAUGAAGAGCCUUCAACAACUUGAUCUAUCUUCAAAUGAUAUCUCAGAUGAACUUCCAGAAACCAUUGGAAAUCUCAUCCAUCUGUCGAGGAUGAACCUAAGUGGGAAUCGGUUAUAUGGAAGAAUCCCUCCAGGAAUUGGAUCUUUGACCGAACUUGAGUAUCUCGACUUAUCCUCAAAUAGGUUCAGAUUCCGCAUUCCCGAGACCAUCGGUAACUUAUAUAAGGUUCACUACAUGAACUUGAGCCGAAACGACUUAGAUGAGGGCAUCCCGAUCGAGAUAUCGAAGCUUGCUCAGUUAUCAACGCUUGAUCUUAGCCAAAAUCAACUCGAUGGCGAAAUCCCGCCACAGAUAAGCCUUAUAUCGACCCUCGACACACUUGACCUCUCAUACAACAAUCUCUCGGGUCUCAUCCCAACAAGUUUCAAGGAAAUGCAUGCUCUAAAAGUUAUCAAAGUAUCACACAAUAACCUCGAAGGUCCAAUUCCGGAUAUCUUUGCAUUUCGAAAUGCUAAUGCAGAUGCGUUAGAGGGUAACAAAGGGUUGUGUUGUAAUUUCAAAAAGGGAUUCAAGCCAUGUCCCAUCGCUUCCUUGGGAAGAAAGGAAUCUUCGGAAAAGGAGAAAUCUUUGAUCUUUUUGGUGUUAUUCCCGAUCCUCGGAGUAAUUGUAGUUCUUUUCAUGUGUGGUGGAACUCUAAUCUGCAUCCGAAGAAGAAAAUUUCAAACCAAUGGAAACACGGAUUCUGAGGUUGGGUUACAAUUUUUUGCACCAAACUUUGAUGGAAAGCUGGCAUUCCGAGAAAUCAUCGAUUCCACUGAGGAUUUCGAUAACAAAUAUCUCAUCGGACGAGGAAGAUGUGGAAGUGUUUACAUGGCAAGGCUUCCGGGUUUGAUCUUGGCCGUGAAAAAGCUCCACGAGACAACGACCGACGGUGAGAGAUCGGUCCUUGAAAUGCAAGAUGAGUUCUUGAACGAGAUAAGGACAUUGACAGAAAUCCGCCAUCGGAACAUUGUGAAGCUCUUCGGCUUUUGCACACACAUUUGCCACUCUUUCCUAGCGUAUGAGUACUUGGAAAAAGGCAGUCUAGCAAAAGCGCUGGCAAACGAGGAAGAAGCCAAGAGACUUGGUUGGAAAAGGAGGGUUAAUAUAGUGAAGGGUGUGGCUCACGCGCUCUCUUACAUGCACCACGACCGAUCCCCACCGAUUGUACAUCGUGACAUCACCAGUGGCAAUGUCUUAUUGGACGAGGAGUACGGGGCUAAGGUGUCGGAUUUUGGUACCGCAAAACUGCUCAAGAUAGACUCUUCGAACUGGUCUGCCAUUGUGGGUACGUACGGCUACAUGGCUCCAGAACUUGCUUACACGAUGAGAGUGACGGAGAAAUGCGAUGUGUAUAGUUUCGGAGUUCUAGCGCUCGAAGUGUUGAGAGGCUCUCAUCCGGGAGACGCGGUUUCUCCGUCUCCUUCUUCGCUAGCCAAAGAGAAUGUCGAAUUGGGUGAUAUACUGGACAAACGCUUGCCAUUUCCAUGGCGGAUCGAAGAGCAGAUCCGAAGGAUUGCGGGAAUCGCAUUUCAGUGUCUUCAUCCCGAUCCUCUGUCUCGACCGACCAUGCUUUGGAUCUCCAACGUUCUGUCGUAGGGGGCCGAUGAAUUAUAAUAUUUGAAUAAGUCGUCUCCCACGGCAGAACAUUGGAGAUCAAUGGUCCGGGUCCAUAUGUGUUCCCGUUAGUUUGGUUGAAUUGUCUAUUAAAAAAAAAUACUAAGUUCAUUCGGAAUAUGGGGAGCUUUGGAACGAACCAGAAGGUUCAUACUGGAGUCAAAACGCACGCAUACAACAUUAAGGAUGUUUUGGUCAUUUGUACAUCUGUCAAAAAUGAAUGAAGGAGAUCUUCCGAAUAAUAUUUUUUGUAAUUUUAAUGCCAAUUACGUAUAUAUAUAUUUUUUAAUCAAGGACAGUUGGCUCAUUACUCGA